UCAAACCCGUGCCUCAGAGAUGAAAGCUCGGGAGGACCCCAGGAGCCCAAAGCAGCAUGAGGCCCUGGAUUCAGCAGGGACUUCCACCAGGGACCAGCAGGCACCUUUGCCCACGGAGCCCAAGUUUGACAUGUUGUACAAGAUUGAGGACGUGCCACCAUGGUACCUGUGUAUCCUGCUGGGCUUCCAGCACUACCUGACAUGCUUCAGUGGCACCAUCGCUGUGCCCUUCCUCCUGGCUGAGGCGCUGUGUGUGGGCCGUGACCAGCACAUGGUCAGUCAGCUCAUUGGUACCAUCUUCACCUGCGUGGGUAUUACCACUCUCAUCCAGACUACAGUGGGCAUCCGGCUGCCGUUGUUCCAGGCCAGUGCCUUUGCGUUUCUAGUUCCAGCCAAGUCUAUCCUGGCUUUGGAGAGGUGGAAGUGUCCUUCGGAAGAGGAGAUCUACGGUAACUGGAGUAUGCCCCUGAACACUUCUCAUAUCUGGCAUCCUCGGAUCCGGGAGGUCCAGGGUGCCAUCAUGGUGUCCAGUGUGGUAGAGGUGGUGAUCGGGCUAAUGGGGCUGCCUGGGGCCCUGCUCAGCUACAUUGGGCCUCUCACCGUCACCCCCACUGUUUCCCUUAUCGGUCUCUCUGUGUUCCAAGCUGCUGGUGACCGAGCUGGCUCCCACUGGGGCAUUUCGGCUUGCUCCAUUCUACUGAUUGUCCUGUUCUCCCAGUAUCUACGCAACUUCACCUUCCUGCUGCCUGUUUACCGAUGGGGCAAGGGUCUCACUCUCUUCCGCAUCCAGAUCUUUAAGAUGUUUCCGAUUGUGCUCGCCAUCAUGACCGUGUGGCUGCUCUGCUAUGUGCUGACCCUGACAGACGUGCUGCCCGCAGACCCCACAGUCUAUGGCUUCCAGGCUCGAACUGAUGCCCGAGGGAACAUCAUGGCUAUCUCUCCCUGGAUUAGAAUACCCUACCCAUGUCAGUGGGGCCUACCUACAGUGACUGUGGCUGCAGUUCUGGGGAUGUUCAGUGCCACACUGGCUGGCAUCAUUGAGUCCAUUGGUGAUUACUAUGCCUGUGCCCGGUUGGCUGGAGCACCACCUCCUCCAGUACAUGCCAUCAACAGGGGAAUUUUCACUGAAGGCAUCUGUUGCAUUAUCGCUGGGCUACUGGGCACAGGCAACGGGUCCACCUCAUCCAGCCCCAACAUUGGGGUCCUAGGGAUUACCAAGGUGGGCAGCCGAAGAGUCGUGCAGUACGGUGCAGGUAUCAUGUUAAUCCUGGGUGCCAUUGGCAAAUUCACAGCUCUCUUUGCCUCACUGCCAGACCCCAUCCUGGGAGGAAUGUUCUGUACUCUUUUUGGUAUGAUCACCGCUGUGGGACUGUCCAAUCUACAGUUUGUGGACAUGAACUCCUCCCGCAACCUCUUUGUAUUGGGAUUCUCCAUGUUCUUUGGCCUCACACUACCCAACUACCUGGAUUCCAACCCAGGUGCUAUCAACACAGGCGUCCCUGAAGUGGAUCAGAUCCUGACUGUGCUGCUCACCACAGAGAUGUUUGUUGGUGGGUGCCUUGCUUUCAUACUGGACAACACAGUGCCAGGGAGCCCAGAGGAAAGAGGCCUGAUCCAGUGGAAAGCUGGAGCCCAUGCCAACAGUGAGACAUCGGCCAGUCUCAAGAGCUACGAUUUCCCCUUUGGGAUGGGCGUGGUAAAAAGGACCACCUUUUUCAGAUACGUCCCUAUCUGUCCAGUCUUCAGAGGAUUUUCUAAAAAGACAGAAAAUCAGCCUCCAGUUCUAGAAGACACUCCAGACAAUAUAGAAACUGGGUCUGUGUGUACCAAGGUCUGAAGUCACCUCUAUGAAAGGAGGCACUGUGUGUAACAGGAAAAGAAAACUACACAGGAGACCAAGGACCUGAGUUGGAGACCUCAGCUCUACCUAUCCCAAAUUCCCAUGGAAGCUUGGACAGAUCACCCUCUCUCUGUGACUCCAUUUCCAUAUCAGCCCAAGUCUCUAAGUACUCUAGAGACCUGUACUGCAUUCCUUUGUCUCCUCAUUUCCACUUCCCUAUGCAUGCAGUCAAUGUAAAGAGGAAGAGCUGGAGAUUCUCACACUGAGAGUUGAUAAAAAAGAAACCCGGAGAGAUUCCAGGGGUAGAUGUGGACAUGAA